GCCUUGCCAGCCCAAUUCCCAUCUGUCCUCCUCUCAAGGAAAAAAGAGGACCAAAAAAAAAAUAAACUUUCUUCAGGAGUGAAUUGAGAAAACUUAUGAAGGCAAAUAAGUACGUUUAACAGAGACGUAAGUGAAAUAUGGAGCUGGAUGAGAGGCUAAGAUGGAUAGAGAUCAGGGUGACAUCGUCCCUCAAACCACGAGCAGAAGAACUCAAGCAUAUGUUUACUAAUGAAAAGAGCAGGGAGGCUAUGUUUGAAUUCUGCAACAAUGAAGAAGUGAAAAAACUGUUUAUUUUCUCGUCAACCACUCCUGCUGGCAAAAACCUUGUAGCAUCACUGAAUCCACCCAGUGGCUUAAGAGAGAAGUCAGUUUACUUUGUUAAGAUUCAUGAAGCAGGAAAGCUCUCCAGGGACAACAUUAUCACCGAUGUGGCCUUCUGCGACUGUUCGUAUCAACCCUUAAGUCAUGCCAGUACUUUAACCAAGGAUGUCUUCUUGCCGCUGCUGAGUAUUGAGAUGGGCGGAGGUGUCAGUGGAGACAAGUUGAUGGACUUGGUGCACAGGAUGGUUUCAGUCCUGCAGGUUGCCGAGGGCAGUUCAAAGGAUCAGGUCACGCUACCCUUGCCAUCCAUUGAGGUGUUGUCAGAGGCUGCGGCAUACAGUAGCAGACGACCAGCUGUCAUUCAUGUGCUGGAGACAGCUGUGGUUAAUUGGAUAAAGCAGAUUAAGGUACAUUACUUAAUAGAUCACGGAUGA